AUGGGGAGAACUCCUUGCUGCGACAAAGAUGGAGUGAAGAAGGGAGCUUGGAGCACUGAAGAAGACCAAAUUCUGUUUGAUUACAUCAACAAGCAUGGCCAUGGAAGCUGGCGUACCCUUCCUAAGAAUGCAGGUCUCCUUCGAUGUGGAAAGAGUUGUCGACUGAGGUGGACAAACUACCUUCGCCCCGACAUCAAAAGAGGCCCUUUCACCUCGGAUGAAGAAGCCACCAUUGUUAAGCUUCAAGGCACGCUUGGUAACAAGUGGGCAGCCAUAGCAUCCCAAAUGCCAGGAAGAACAGACAACGAGAUCAAGAACUUCUGGAACACGCACCUCAAGAAACGCCUCUCAACACCACUUCCACUUGCUCUACCAAACAUCAACAUCAAGAUCGAGGGGGAUUCAUCUUCCCCGCUAUCGACUACUACUCGUCACAUGGCGCAAUGGGAGAGCACGAGGGUGGAAGCCGACGCUCGCCUUUCCUUCUCGCGACCAGGACAACAACAACAACAACAACAUAAGUUCGACCAGGACUACUAUCUCAAACUAUGGAACUCGGACAUUGGCAAAUCGUUUCGAGACAUCAACAAGGUUCAGAAAGAUGGCAGGGGAGGAGGAGGUGGCUGCGAGAGCUCGACUUCACAAGCAUCUUCCCUCACGAAAUUGGGGCCCGGAUCUGUCGACGAUGACACCCUCGCUACUACUACUACUACGACGACGAAGACUUGUAGUGCUGCAGCAGCCAUCGUCAAGAGAAGCGAUUCUAGCAAGGCGAUCCACCACCAGCACGAGGUCGAGGGAGGGUUGUGCUACUACUACGAGGGAAUCGAGGAGGAGACUAAACCGUGUCGUCUAGAUGUGAUGAUGAUGAUGAUGAGCAGCUCGGAUUCCAUCACUUCGACGACGAACGAGUUCACGAAUUACUCCGACACGGCGCUGAAGCAGCUGCUGGAUAUCCCUGGUGGGAGUGGUAUGGAUUUCCUGGAGGACGAGAGCGAUGACUUCAUUAACUUCCUUGACCUCAGAUGCGUAUGA